AAGCUACUUUUCAUCAUCACUCUAAAACACUACUCUCUCUCUCUCUCUCUCUAUCCAGCAGAAAAUGGCAGCCAAUCUUAUAGCAUUCAGACCUGUCGGAGUUCAAGCAUGCGCAACCUCCAGCCACCGCAAGACUGAUCUGCGCGCCAAAAAUUCUUCCUCUAAUUUCUGGACGCCGCUGUUCGGGUGGUCCUCCGAACCGGACUACAUUGAUUCCGAGAAUAACUGCAACAACGAGGAGGUGCCAGAUUUCACAGCGAAAGUUGAGGCCAAGUCGGACUCGGUUGUUGACCCGAAACAUCCCAGAUCUCGGUUCGCACCGGGUUGUUUCACGGAAGAGAAGGCAAAACAGCUCCGGAUGAUGACGAAGGACACGGAGUCGUUUCACGACAUCAUGUAUCAUUCCGCCAUCGCUUCACGCCUUGCUUCCGAUUUCUCGAACAGGCCCAAUUAAUCUGUAAUUUUUUGAAACGGCCGUCUCGACAACUAUCUCUUUCUUUUAUUUUUUUGUCCCCAAAAUUUAGAAACUGAGAUGUCAAUAAUCCGAUGAUGUGAUCAUCAAAUGAUGUAUGAUUUAGUUUUAAUUUUGUAUAUGUAAAAUGUGUAUGUAUAGCAGUACAGAUUCAUAGCUACUCCUAUUUGAGUUUUUGAUC